AUGACGGCGACCUCGCUACCUUUAGCUCCCCCAGGACCUUGCGCCCGACGGCCGCCUCCCGCUCUUGCGGGACUCUGCCCGUCGGGGAGAGCUCCACCAAGCCGCAGGCCGGCCGUGUGGACGCGGGGAGCCCCCUCCCGUCGGGUCUCGUACCCCGGGACGGCCACGGGGCAGCCCCGGGCACAGCGGGGACACCCCGGGCCCGCGUGCGCCGUCGGAGGGGCGUGGCUACACCCGCGCCCCCGCCUCCCGCCACCUUUCCCCGCCGGCGCGGCUCGGCGCAGCGCGCCCCGUCGGACCGCCUCGCCCUCGGGCUACGGCGCGCUGCCCUACGGCUCGCAGCCCCACCAGAACUCGGCGGCCGCGGCGGCGGCGGCGGCGGCGGCGGCGGCCGCCUCGUCGGGCGCGCUGGGAGCGCUGGGCUCGCUCGUCAAGUCGGAGCCCAGCGUGAGCCCGCCCGUCACCUCGCACUCGCGGGCCCCGUGCCCCGGGGACCUGCGGGAGAUGAUCAGUAUGUACUUACCGGGCGGCGAGGGAGGCGACCCGGCGGCCGCCGCCGCCCAGAGCCGCCUGCACUCCCUGCCCCAGCACUACCAGAGCGCCAGCACGGGGGUCAACGGCACCGUCCCCUUGACGCACAUCUGA